AUGGGGAAAAAGAAGAAUGAGUUUUCUCAUCUAACACUUGAAGAAAGGAAAGUUAUAACAGUUGCAGAAGUAGUCCAGGUUUUAAUCAAAGCUCAUGAAGAUAAACGUGAUGUAAAUUUAAACGCUUUAAAGCAUAAAAUUUCUUCUAAAUAUGGUUUACCAACAAGUCCAAAGCUUGUUGAUAUCAUUGCUGCAGUACCAAUUGAGUACAAAAAAAUAUUGGUGCCAAAAUUAAUGGCAAAACCAAUAAGAACAGCAAGUGGUAUUGCGGUUGUGGCAGUUAUGUGUAAACCCCAUAGAUGCCCACAUAUUAAUAUGACAGGAAAUAUUUGUGUGUAUUGUCCUGGAGGACCAGAUUCUGAUUUUGAAUAUUCAACACAAAGUUACACAGGCUAUGAACCCACUUCAAUGAGAGCUAUUAGAGCCCGUUAUGAUCCAUACCUCCAAACCAGGCAUAGAGUUGAGCAAUUAAAACAAUUAGGACAUUCAGUCGAUAAAGUGGAGUUUAUUGUGAUGGGGGGUACAUUUAUGAGCUUGCCUGAAGACUACAGAGAUUAUUUCAUAAGGAAUUUGCAUGAUGCUUUGUCUGGGCACAAAAGUAGUUCAGUUGAGGAGGCUGUCAGGUACUCAGAAAGAGCAAAUGUUAAGUGCAUUGGAAUCACCAUUGAAACAAGGCCUGAUUAUUGUUUGCAAAGGCAUUUAUCAGAUAUGUUAAAAUAUGGUUGCACAAGAUUGGAAAUAGGUGUACAAUCAGUUUACGAAGAUGUAGCAUUAGACACAAACAGAGGUCACACUGUCAAAGCAGUUUGUGAAACUUUUAACAUUGCUAAAGAUGCUGGGUUUAAAGUUGUUUCUCAUAUGAUGCCAGAUUUGCCAAAUGUAGAUCUUGAACGUGAUAUAGAGCAAUUUAUUGAGUUUUUUGAAAAUCCCGACUUCAGAGCUGAUGGAUUAAAAAUAUAUCCAACCUUGGUAAUUAGAGGUACUGGAUUGUAUGAGUUAUGGAAAACAGGUAGAUACAAAAGUUAUCCUCCCUCAGUGUUGGUGGAUUUGAUUGCUAAAAUAUUGGCUUUGGUACCGCCAUGGACAAGAGUUUAUAGGGUUCAGAGAGACAUACCCAUGCCAUUAGUAAGCUCUGGUGUAGAACAUGGUAAUCUUCGCGAGCUGGCCUUAGCUAGGAUGAAAGAUUUGGGCUUGAAAUGCAGAGAUGUUCGCACCCGCGAGGUAGGCAUCACCGAAAUUCACGAAAAAGUCCGCCCCAAUGAAGUGGAGCCUGUCAGAAGGGACUAUUAUGCUAAUGGUGGUUGGGAAACAUUCCUUAGCUACGAAGAUCCUGAACAGGACAUCCUUAUUGGACUUUUAAGAUUAAGAAAAUGCAAUAAGGCAACAACCUUCAGGUCUGAACUGGCUGGCGAUUGCUCCAUAGUUCGUGAGCUUCAUGUUUAUGGCAGUGUUGUGCCAGUAAGUGGCAGGGACGACAAGAAGUUUCAGCAUCAGGGCUAUGGGGCUCUUUUGAUGGAAAGAGCUGAGCAAAUAGCGAUUGCCGAGCACCGAUCUACCAAAAUAGCCGUUAUUUCCGGGGUCGGUACAAGGAAUUACUACAGGAAGCUGGGCUAUGAAUUGGAGGGUCCCUAUAUGGUGAAAAGUUUAAUAAAGGAGGAAUACAAAUCGGUGUUUACCAGUUUGGAUGGGCCUAAGUUGCCAAUUGAUAGAUCUAAGCCACUUAAUUUGUUAAAAAGAAGGGAUAAUGGUAAGUUAAGUGAUAUUGAUUUCUUAAGAAAGUUUGAUGAGGAACAGGGUCGGCGUAAUUCUUGUAUUUUGACAUAUAAAAAGUUUAGUGAUAAUUAUGCUUUUGAAAAAAAAUGCCCUUUGGUUGCAUAA